GGGAUAUAAUAUAGCUAAUGCUAUCUAAGAUUGUGAAUAGGUGGUUGUUUGAUAGUAAAGAGGUUAAAUAGGGGUGAAAUAGUGUAAAAUAAGGGUGAAUUUGAGAAGUUGGUGGUACCCGUAAACGGGAAUGAUGCAGAAAACGUUAGACUCUGAAUCUGGUAAGGAAUCUGGUUCAGAUUCUGAAAAUGAAAGCAAAAGUGACAGCUCAUCGUCAGGGAGCAACUCUGGAUCUGGUUCUGGCUCGGACAGUGACUCUAGCUCGUCAAGCGGUUCUGGUUCAGCGUCAGGUUCAGACUCGGAUAAGUCGGAUAAAUCAGAGAAGUCGGAUGAUGCACCUGCACAAAAUGAUAGCUUUCAAAGUAAAAGCUCGUCACACAACACAGAGACAAAAGUUAGGCAUAAAAGCGACUCGAGUCGUGAAUGGGAUGAAAAUCCUGACGUUUAUGGGAUCAGACGAUCUGGAAGGUCCCGCAAAGAGCCAGAGAGACUCACUACUCAGCGGGAAAGUGACAGCGAUGGUCGACGAAAAACUCCUAAAAAAAGUACACAAAAUUCGUGGAAUUCUGACAGCUCAGAGUCAGAGUCGGACGAAGCUGCUAAGAGGAGACCUCCACCAAGUAAAUCCAUAAAUCGACGGGCGGCACAAAAAGUCAAAGAAAACACUCGGACUAGACAUAAACGAGUUUCAGAGUCAUCUGAAAAUUCGUCAUUUGAUAGCGACGAUAAUCGAAGGCAAGUUACGAGGCGCUCUGGAACAGCGGUCAGCUACAAAGAACAGAGUGAAGAAGGGACCGAUAGUGAAGAUAUAGUUGAAGUUGAUGAGGCUACAGCUACACCGCUAGAACCUGAUAAUGCAGAAACCAUUGAGCGGAUUUUAGCGCAGAGAAGAGGGAAAAAAGGGGUUACUGGAAAUGUGACCACCGUUUACGCAGUUGAAGAGAAUGGUGAUCCAAACCCCAAAGACCUGGCAGAUGAUGAAGCAGAAACGCAGUACUUGAUAAAAUGGAAAGGCUGGUCGCAUAUACACAACACAUGGGAGUCCGAAAAUUCUCUCAAGGCUCAAAAAGUAAAGGGGAUCAAGAAAUUAGAAAAUUUUGUAAAAAGAGAAAGGGAGAUAAAUCAAUGGAGAGAAUAUGCUGGACCUGAAGACAUAGACUACUUCGAAUGUCAGCUGGAACUCCAACAAGAUUUAUUAAAAAGUUACAAUUAUGUGGAGAGGAUAAUUGCCGAAUAUAAUAAACCGGAUUCUGGUCACCCGGAUUAUUAUUGCAAAUGGGAAAGCUUACCGUACGCCGACGCUACAUGGGAAGACGGAGCCUUAAUAGUGAAAAAGUGGCCUGAAAAGAUCAAAGAAUUCCGUGAUAGGGAAGAUUCCAAACGAACCCCGAGUAAACAUUGUAAAGUUCUCAAAUAUAGACCAAAAUUUCACCAGGUCAAGGGACAGCCAGAGUAUAUGGGGAAAGGUAAAGAUCUUGUCCUCAGAGACUACCAAAUGGAUGGCUUAAAUUGGCUCAUUCAUUCUUGGUGUAAAGAGAAUAGCGUCAUCUUGGCGGAUGAAAUGGGUCUGGGUAAGACGAUACAGACCAUAUGCUUUUUAUAUUACCUCUUUCAUACACAGCAGCUGUAUGGCCCGUUCUUAUUGGUCGUUCCAUUGUCUACCAUGACAUCGUGGCAAAGAGAAAUGGCACAAUGGGCUCCUGAUAUGAAUUUUGUUACUUACCUCGGUGACGUGACCUCUAGGAAUGUCAUCAGAGAGUUCGAAUGGUGUUACAGUUCGAAGAGAUUGAAAUUUAACGCAAUUUUAACAACGUAUGAAAUAGUUUUGAAAGAUAAAACAUUCUUGGGGGCUCUGAAUUGGGCUGCGUUACUCGUAGAUGAGGCGCAUAGGCUGAAAAAUGAUGAUUCACUUUUGUACAAAGCAUUAACGGAGUUUCACACCAACCACAGACUGUUGAUCACCGGAACUCCGUUGCAAAACAGUCUCAAGGAAUUAUGGGCGUUGUUACACUUCAUAAUGCCUCAGAAGUUCAGCUCCUGGGAAGAAUUCGAAAAAGAGCAUGACAACGCGGCACAAAAGGGAUACUCGAAAUUACACAAACAACUAGAACCGUUCAUAUUACGUCGAGUGAAAAAAGACGUGGAAAAAUCGCUACCAGCUAAAGUCGAACAGAUUCUACGUGUCGAAAUGACUUCGUUGCAAAAGCAGUAUUACAAGUGGAUACUUACAAAGAACUACAAUGCUCUACGCAAAGGUGUUAAGGGGUCGACGACUACGUUCCUAAAUAUCGUUAUUGAGCUAAAAAAAUGCUGCAAUCAUGCAUUCCUAACGAAGCCAACUGACGGGGAAAGACCGGACAGUAAUGAGGAUUAUUUACAACAGAUAAUUCGAGGGUCCGGUAAAUUGGUUCUCUUGGAUAAACUUUUAGUGCGUCUACGGGAAACUGGCCACAGAGUUCUAAUCUUUAGUCAAAUGGUCAGAAUGUUAGAUAUCCUGGGAGAAUAUUUACAGAAGCGGCAUUUUCCAUUCCAAAGAUUGGAUGGAAGCAUUAAGGGUGAACUUAGAAAACAGGCACUGGAUCAUUUCAAUGCAGAUGGAUCACCAGAUUUCUGCUUUUUACUAUCAACCAGAGCUGGAGGGCUCGGAAUCAAUUUGGCAACAGCUGAUACCGUUAUCAUAUUUGAUUCCGAUUGGAAUCCCCAGAAUGAUUUGCAAGCUCAGGCCAGAGCGCAUCGGAUAGGUCAAAAGAACCAGGUGAACAUCUAUAGAUUGGUUACAAAAAGUUCAGUUGAAGAAGAAAUCGUUGAGCGAGCAAAGCAAAAAAUGGUUCUUGAUCAUUUAGUUAUUCAGCGGAUGGACACGACAGGGAGAACGGUUCUGGACAAAAAGGGGCCAAACACAAAUAAUAACCCAUUCAAUAAAGAGGACUUGAAUGCAAUUCUGAAGUUUGGAGCAGAAGAAUUGUUCAAAGAUGAAGAAGAUGGAGAUGAAGAGCCAACUUGUGAUAUCGAUGAAAUAUUGCGGCGCGCUGAGACGAGAGACGAAGCCCCAACGACCGUUGGGGAUGAACUGUUAUCAGCCUUCAAAGUAGCCAGUUUUGCAGCAUUUGAAGAGGAAACUGAGCCGAUUAUCCAACCUAACGAAAUUGACGAUGAAAGUAAAGACUGGGCUGAGAUCAUUCCUGAAAACUUUAGGAAAAAGCUUGAAGAAGCAGAGAAAUCUAAGGAAAUGGAAGACCUCUAUCUUCCACCUAGAAGCCGAAAAACACUGCAGCAAAUCAAUCAGCCCGGAGAAGAAGGCAGAGGUAGAAAACGGAGAAAAGCUCCAGGUGAUGAUAGCGAAGAAGCUGAAGAAACUGGAAGUGAGGCCGAAGGCAGUGAUGAUGAAAGGCCUAAGAAGAGAGGCAGACCCAGAGUCACACCCAGAGAAAAUAUGAAGAGCUUCACUGAUGCUGAGAUCCGAAGGUUCGUUAAAAGCUAUAAAAAGUUUGGGGCUCCAUUGAAGCGACUUGACGACAUAGCAGCUGAUGCAGAAUUACAAGAAAAACCAAUGUCUGAGCUGCGGUAUUUAGGUGAACAAUUGAGGAUCAGAUGCGAAGCUUGUUUGGCGGAAUUCGAAACUAUCGCCAAAGAGAAUAAAACAACUGAAGAGGAAGGGCGGGGUCCAGGUCGCAAACGGGGUAGAGGACCAACCUUUAAAGUGGGCGGUGUUAUGGUCAAUGCAAAAUCACUUUCUGCCGCUGAAAAAGAACUGGAACCAUUAGAUCAUGCUGUUCCUUCAGAUCCUGAACAAAGGGCCAACUGGCAUAUCGACAUUAAGUUGAAGCCGGCAAACUUUGACUGUGAUUGGAGUCCUGAGGAUGACUCGAGACUGCUUAGAGGAAUUUAUCAUCACGGAAUGGGAUCCUGGGAAGCAAUCAAAUUGGAUGCUAGUUUAAAACUUGGUGAUAAAAUUCUACCGCACAACGAAAACAAGCCUCAAAUAAAACAAUUAAACACUCGAGCAGAGUAUCUAUUGAAAGUACUGAAGAAGCAAAUGGAUCUCAAGUUAGGAGUGACACGAACAAGGAAACCUCGUAAGCCGAAGGAGUCGAAGGCUAUCAUUACCAAAGAGAUCGUAGAGGAGAACGACAGUUCUGGGGAUGAAAAUAAAAAGGCCAAACUGAAAGUGGAUAAGCAACCUAUUAAAAAGGAGGAAGAGUCGGCCGCUAAGAAAGAACCAAAAGAAGAAGGCGAGGUUGUAUCAGAUGAAAAGAAAAAAGAUAAGAAACUUAAAAAAGAGAAAAAAGAAAGCAGGAGAGGCAAAAAAAAUAAGCAACCUGCGGGGCCUAUGCAUUUUACAGCCAAUAACGAACCCAGAGCUCUCGAUGUACUCGGCGAUCUUGACCCAUCAAUAUUCAACGAGUGCAAAGAAAAAAUGAGACCAGUUAAAAAAGCUUUGAAAGCCUUAGAUAGACCGGAUCAGUCGUUGAGUCAAAGUGAGCAAGUGACGCACACCAGACAAUGUCUCAUACAAAUUGGGAAUCAGAUCAACAUUUGUUUAGCUGAAUAUAAGGAUCCUGAACAAAUCAAAGAAUGGCGAAGUAAUCUGUGGUAUUUUGUCUCUAAAUUUACGGAAUUUGAUGCAAAAAAAUUAUAUAAACUUUAUAAACAUGCAACUAAGAAAGGCGAAACCAGCGCAAAUAUUGCGCCAAGUCCAGAGAAGAAAGAGGAAACGGUUAACGCAAAGAAGCACAGUGAAAAAUCGCAUGAUAAACACAGCGACAAACAUAGUGAGAAACAUAUGGAAAGACAUAAUGAUAAUCCACAAAAAGAUGGGAGCAGUAAAGAGUCUCGGCAAGUAAAAAGAAGAAUUGAAGACAUAGAAGAGAAUUCUAAUAGCGGUACUCCUAAUAAGAAGCAUCAAUCUACUACCUCUACCACGAACAGUACCACCACAGGUUCUACAACGACGAUUGCUGCCAAUACUCCAUUGGCUAACUCAAAUUCGAAUUCUAGUAAUUCGAACAGUAACGAAACACCUAGACACAAGGAAUCGAAAGAAGUUAAGCACAAGGAAAUGAAGAGAGACAGAGACAGGGAUAGAGAAAGAGAACGAUCCCACGGAGAUAGAGGCCUGGACAGAUUAGGGACAGCAAAAGAUGAGAGAGUCAGACGAGACAGUGGAGGAUAUAGCAUCAGUGGUGGCCACUAUAGCGGAGGAAGGGAAGACGAUCAUUGGCCGGCUAGGGAAGGAAGGGAUCCCCGUGAAGGAAGGUUCGCUGAUCACAAACGAGAGAGAUUUGAGUCGUACGGGCGAAUGUCCAGCGGUUAUCAUCGAGACAGAGACAGGGAACGUGAUCGUGGAAUGCACAUGAACGAGAAAAGAAGCGACUAUUAUAGAUAUCCACAAGGUCCUCCGGGUUACGGAUACGGUGGCCCAGGCAAUUAUGGAAGUGGAAGCAGCGGCGGAUAUCCAUCUUCCGAAAUACCUCCCGGUCAUUUCAGAGGCCGUGCGUAUCCUGGCGAUGGUUAUCCAGGUGAUUGGAGGCCCAAUAAAGACUAUAGACGUGAUUACGAUCGGAGACCACCACCGCCUAACGCAAACUCCUAGUGCUCCUUUCUUGCCACCGUCCUUGAGUGCGUCGUUAACCGGUUGUAAAACUUGUUUAACGUCUUCUUGUUGUGUAUCUUCAUUUUAAUGUCCGUGCCAUUGUGAAUUGUGCUUCAACCAAACGGUGAACAGGGUUUCCCCCAAGUAUUAUGGGCAAGUAUGAUUCACUAUUAUUUACAAAUCAACAACGACAGUUCGGACUUGAAUGGGGACAGAAACUCAACGCAAAGAAGACAAAAAAAAAUAUCGAUAAGGUUUUAUAAAAAAAAUCAGAGAAGAAAAAUUAUCAUUCGCACAGAGUAAACAGAUUUUUGUAUUAUUCAUUUCAUCAUAUAGUGAAACAUAUGGUGAAGAUACUUUUUAUUUUUAUUUUUUCGAUUUCAACUUCCGACAAUCUCCGCUGCAGUGCAAAGAAUCGAAUCUUUGAAUCAACCCGUGCAUAAUUUCCAUAAAAUUCUCAUAACACAACAGCUUGAUAUUCUUUUUCUCUAUAUAUUUCCCUAAGUAAAAUCAGCAUGUUGUACGAAUAGAAUACACCAAUUCAAUCAACAUUUAUCUGACUAUUUUCAGAAAAAUUACCAAUUCAUCUAGUUACUCAAGCCUACUUAUAAUGCAAACAUAAAUUGGAGUAGACUCUGAGAGUGAAUUUUCCUAAUGACUACAGCAAUUACUGGUAUGUGGUGAGGAGCUAUUGAAAUUACGGACUCAAAGUUUUGAUGCUUCGCACUAAGUAAGUCAAUCAUAUAUCACGCAAUUUUUAGACCGGAUCUCUUGAAUUUUUUCAUUCUAUAAUGACAAUUUCAUUCUGUUACCAUUGUGGUUAUUUAUCGUCAACAAAUUUCACAACCAAUAGAAAAACGUUCGACAAAUUGAUUUAACAAUUUGAUACAUCGUGUGUUACAUUUGAUUCGACAUCGAAUAACGAAAAAAAAAGAACAGAAACGAUUAGUUUUUCACCAGUUUGUAAUUAGAGAUGGCAUUGUAACAAGUUAUUUGGUCGGGCAUCAAAUUACUGUUUGCCUUGGCACCUUUGCCUAUAAUAUAUUUUUACUGUAAUAUGUCUUGAAUUUUUUUGCUGGUGAAAUAGAUAGAAGCCUAUCUAUCAAGGCACGAAGCCAAAGAUCGUUGGGAGAAUAACCUCGGAUACAUGAAAAUUUAGUGUUCACUGUUCACUGUCAAAUGUUCAAUGUUCACUGACGUUAGAAUUUAAUUUUGGCAGUAUUCGAUGAAUCAAAAUGAAUUGAAUUCACUAUCAAGCCCUUGUUAGGUCGUACAGAAAUCAGAAUGAAUACAAUUAUCUAUUUUAUUUCGUAUAUUCAUUAACAGGAGAGGCUGUCAAUUCUUUGAGAGUGGAUAUAAUAAUUUUUUUUUCGCAAUUUUUAGUGUGCAUUUGUGUAAAUAAUAGAAUUUAUUGAAAAAAAAAAGUAACAAAAAGAAGAAGGAACAUCACUGAACUUGUAUCAUGAGAAAACAAUGGUAUUAAUAUUGUUCAACUCAUAGUUUGAAAACUCCGAGUUUGAAGAUUUGUGAAUCACUGCAUAUACUUAAUGGAUAGGUGACCCGCUAUUAGACUAGAUUUAUAUUUUUUGAAACCAAUCUGAACACACGUUGGAAAUAGUAACGCCGUUUAUAAUUUAUUGAUAAUAGUCGAAUGCAAAUCAUGAAUAAUGCGACGGAGAAGUGAAAAAAAGAAAAAAAAAUUGUAUAUAGUAUAAUUAAGUAAACAAAGUAAUUAUUAAUAGCAUGUAAGUUAGUUAUCUACUAUUAUAUUAUAUUACAGGAAACAAGUAGCGACAUAAUAUGAUAGUGAUGUAUUUUAUCUAUCUUCAUUGUAGAUGAUUAAACAUUUCUGGAAAUAUAUAAAUAUAAGUCAGGAAAAUUACAGAAAAAAGAACAAAAAGACGAAAAAAAACGAAAACCUAAAACUUUUCAAUAACUACAUGUUAUCUGUGAAUACUAUUAUAAUUUUUCCUUCUGCGUAUACUUUGAACCUUCUUACAAAAACAACAACAUAAUUGAAACAAACGGAGACCUAGCAUAAACGAGAGUCAGAAAAAAAUUAAAAAAAGAAACAAAAAUGUAUUUAUUAAACAUAUUAAAGUAAAAACUAUAAGUUGGACAGAAUAACGCUUUCUUUUUAGCACUGUGUAGAAAUGGUAGUGCUCCAAACGAUGUAAAGGUGAAAGUUUGUAUACAGAUUGAAUCUUUAGAUUCAUUAUUAAAAGCUUAAUUAUUGGUAACGGUAA